AUGCGUAUACCAGCAAUUUUUUUCGCAGCCGAUGCCCCGCAAGAGAUAAUAAUAAUGGCGUCAUUAAGAGGUAAGGACGGGUAUUUCCAGUCGUGCUCGACUUACACCGACAAGGAGAACUAUUUUCUAGUGGAUUCACGAUACGAGAUAGUGAGGGUCUUGGGUAAGGGUUCCUAUGGGGUAGUUUGUUCUGCUGUAGAUACCAAGAGCCUUAGCACGGGAUUGGAGCAUAGGAUUGCAAUUAAAAAAGUGACUAAAAUAUUCAGCAAGGACAUUCUUUUAGUAAGGGCGAUUCGCGAAUUAAAGUUUAUGAAGUUCUUCAAGGGACAUAAAAACAUUGCAACUUUGCUUGAUUUGGACGUUGUAUAUGUUAAACCCUACGAUGGUUUAUAUUGUUUUCAAGAGUUGGCAGAUUUGGACUUGGCAAGAGUAUUGUAUUCAAAUGUUCAACUAUCCGAGUUUCAUAUCCAAAACUUUAUGUAUCAGAUUCUUUGUGGUUUAAAGUAUAUCCAUACAGCAGAUGUAGUUCAUAGGGAUUUGAAGCCCGGGAAUAUUUUAGUGACAACGCAAGGGACAUUAAAGAUAUGUGAUUUUGGUUUAGCAAGAGGGAUAAAUCCGAAAUUUUUUAGAAAUAGGGCCACCACGAUUACCAACUACGUUGCUACCAGAUGGUACAGAGCGCCCGAGUUAAUAUUAUCUACUAAAAACUACUCUAAAAGUGUUGAUAUAUGGGCUAUUGGAUGCAUACUUGGAGAGUUAUUUGGAAGAAGGCCGAUUUUCCCAGGAAAGAAUCUGCAUGAACAAAUACAUGAACUAUUCAAAAUCUUGGGAAGUCCUCCGAAUGAAACGGUUAAGAAAUAUAACUGGAAAAUAGAAGGUAUACUUUGGGUCAAAUAUAAGCCUGUCAAGUGGACAACACUAUACCCAUUUGCGCCACCAGAAGCAAUAAACUUGUUGACACGGUUAUUACAAUGGGACUAUAAGAAACGACUUGAUGUUGAAGAAAUACUAGAGCAAGAUUUCUUCAAAUACGUUAGAAAUGCAGCCGACGAACCUAAAAGUGCAACUGCGUUUGAUUUUAGCUUUGAAGAAACUGCCAAUGAUAUAGCAGGCUUAAAGGAAACAUUGGAAAGAGAAGUGAAGGAGUUUAACGAGGAAUGCCAAGUGAUGUCUUAA